UCCACGGGCCCACGCCCUGCCCACGAUACGACGGAGGGAACCGUACCGCGAUGCCUAGCAGCUCCAGCACGUUCAGAUCAUUGCGUGAUGGGGCCCUCCCCUCCUUCAGGGUGCAUAAGGUGGUCCCUGUUGAGGAAUGCGGAGCACAGCAGUCCUCCUCUGUCGCUAUCGAUGGUGGUGGGGUUGGAGGGGUUCCAGAAAUCCAGCGCCCACCGCCUCUUCUGCGGCAUGUGAAGUCGGGGCUGAACAGGUUAUAGGCUUAUAGCUGAUACCUACAUACGUCAGUGGUCCGGUCUGUGCAUACCUUAUCGCUGCGAAUGAUUCAUCUGCUAUCUAGCUUUUGGACCGUAUUGGCAAUAGCUCAGGUCAGCUUCGGCCAGCAUGCAAGGCUCCCGGACCUGUCUAGACCGUGGACGUACUGUGUAGCCAAAGCCAAAGCCCAAAAUGACUCUCGGAGGGAAAUCCCGCAUACUGCAGAGACCAUGUUCACAGGGAAGCCGAGAUGUCAACGGGAAACUCAACUUUCGUCGAGAUCACCAAACCACUGCGAACGAACCGUCGGCGAUCAGCGGAGGAAAAGGGACCAUGACAUCAUGCUGCAGCGACCCCAACCGGGUCGAGGGGCGCUCCGUUAUUGGUUCGGCACGUGGCCGGCUCAACUUUAUUUGCCUCAGGCAUAUAGGGAGGUUCCCUGGCACGUGACAUACUCGGCGGCUCGGAAUGACCAUUAUUCCGGACGGCUCUAGCGCGAUGGGUGCGGAAAGGCCGUCCAAGGGCCUCAUCCAACAUCGUCUGGACAGGAUACUGUAGUUGGCGUUGUUGGCCUUGAUCAUACGCAUUCACUAUACGUA